AUGAGUAAUGCUAGCUCGCGAGUGACAUCAACUACACUUAAAGUAUUCGAUAUUCAUACACGUGUUCGAUACAAAAACCAACGAGAAACAAAUCAACUUCGAAAUCGAAUAAAUGAUUUAAACACGAAGCACACAGCAAAAUUAGCAAAACAUACGUUUGCACGUAUCGAAUUACUAGUAAAAUUACAUGAACUUCAACAUGAACGUGCAGAAGGAGAGCUAAUGAACAAAUUAUUUGAAAAUACACUCAAACAUUCAUCUGCCACGGAUGAUAAACAAAAUACUUGUAAAAGACCCGUCUCUUGUGUCGACAACAAUUCAUUAUCAAGUUUGUUGUUGCAUAAUUUGAAUGAAUCAAUAAAAUUACAAAAUAAUUCAUCGUCUGAACUUAUGAAAAGUUCAGCUAAAAAGAAAGAAAGUCCUGUUGAUUUGCGUAGAAAUCAGUGGAAAUCUAAACUGGACAGUUCUGCACAAUCAAGCUUAGAGCUAUCGUCGACAACGAUGUCAUUGAAAGCACAUGCUGAAAGAAUGAAUCAAGUGAUCAAGAUUGCUAUUAGCAAAGCAGCUCGAGACAGCCAAGCUCAGUCUCGACGAGAAACGCGAGAAAAUCUCGUUCAUUAAAGAUGUUAUGAAUUUUUGAUUUCUUUUGUCAUUGGUCGGUCAUAAAAGAUAAAAUGAGAAAUAAACUUCUUUGUUUUAUGUACAGCUAAAGAAGUGCCAUGAGAUCAGAUUCUUCUCUAAAAGAAAGAGUUCACUAGUCAAUAAUACACACAACUGGCAAAGAGAGCUAACUAUUGAUAGUUGACUUUCUUCGGAUAUUGCUUCGUUAAUACUUUCUUGAUUAUGAGUCAAAAAUGUGCUCUUUAUGGGUCUUCCCUCUAUCUACCUGUCUGUUUUUAAUCCAAUGCUAUUAAAAAAACAUUAGUGUACACUACAUUUUGCAAUGAUCACAAUUUAAAAAUUUAUAUUUUUGAAUGCAGAAUGAUCAGAUAAUAUUGUAUCUAGGUCAUCCAGUUUAAUAUUCUUUGGGAAUUUAACAUCAAAUUCUUUACUAAUUUUCAAUAAGCCUUUGCG